AUGAGUGAGCAAAAAGCGGAAAAUGAAGCAGAUAUUGAUGGUGGAUCAAUGCGCCUUUCGCCGUCUCUUAUAGCUACCAAGCCUGCCAAACCUCUGUUCUUUGCGCGUAAAGCAUUUCAAAGUCGGCGCAGCGAAACUGAUUAUGAUGAAUAUCUUAUGGCUAUGAAACGAGUUCACUAUGGACAUUCUGACAAGUUGGAGUCACCAGUUGAAAUAUUAUCACCCAGAGCUCGUUACCGAAAACAAGAAUCAGAGAAACGGGAGUCGAACGACGAAAAGGUGGUUCACAGUUCUGUACAAGAGACAACCUGUAUUGGCGUCAUAGCGUCCAUGGUACCCGACGAAAUUAUUUACAAAUAUCAGGACUACUCUAUAAGGACUUAUGAAACCGCUCUUAUGUUUAUUGAUAUAACUGGUUUUACCAACUUAUGUGAAAGAUAUACGACUUCUUCAGGACGUGGUGGGCCUUCAAAGCUGACUCAAGUCCUAAACUCUUAUAUAGGAGCCAUGGUUCAAGAAAUACUGACUCAUAACGGAGACGUAUUAAAGUUUUCCGGCGAUGCCUUUUUAAUUAUGUGGAAAAGAACGCCUAAGUUGACAAUGCAAGAUGUUGUUCACAAUGCUAUUGAUUGUGGUUUAAUUAUACAAAAGAAUUAUGGAUUAUUCCGCACCGAUGUUGAUGUUGUUCUGAAGGUCAAAGUGGCUAUCUCAGCCGGCCGUUCCCAUUUCGCAAUAAUCGGCGAUGAGAACCAAACACAGUCCAGUUUCGUGAUCGUGGGCCAGCCGGUGUGGGACGUGAAGAUGGCGCAGUACAUGACUACUCCAGGAGAUGUAUUAACGUCAGCCAGUGCUUGGAUGUAUGUCAACGAGUCUGAGUAUUGUACACAACCCUGUGGAGACGGAAGGCAUACCAGGGUUUUGGGAGUCGGUGCUUCUUGGAAAAGAGUAGAGAAGCUAACUAUUAAUGAAAUUAAAGAGUCCGAGUCUUCGCGACAGGGAAAGGGGUGGACGCCUACCACGCAAAGUGAAUUACAGUAUAAAGAGUUUUCACUUCGACCAGCCUUGUUGGCCGCACUACGCAGCGACUGGUGGCCGAGUCUUCGUCGCUUCAUGCCAACUCCAGUUCUCCUCGCAGUGGACAAUGAUGAGCCCAUGGACUUCCUGACAGAAGUUCGGCAUGUUGUGGUCGUAUUCCUUAAUAUAAUUACUAGGACUGGUACGACGGACGUGCUUCUUAAAGUAGUAGAUGAUACUUACAAAUAUGUUUUAAGUGUGACAUCAAAGGCUGAUGGUUAUGUGAACAAAGUAUCCAUGUUCGAUAAAGACAUGAUGUUUUUAAUUGUGUUUGGCCUUAGAGGGCUCAAACACGAAAUGGAAGCACAAAACGCUAUUCUGUGUGCCUUCGAGUUGAGUGAGAAUCUUGUCGAUGAAAAUAUUCUUAGUGUAUCUAUUGGAGUCACUUCUGGUAUCACUUACUGCGGUGUAGUAGGCCAUGUUUUGCGAAGAGAAUACACAGUUAUAGGCCCUGCAGUAAACAAGGCAGCAAGAUUAAUGAUUGCCUACUAUGACAUGGUAUCAUGUGAUAAAGAGACCUUUCUAAGAAGCAAGCUACCGCAGGAGUUUUUUAGGCAACUAGAAGCAAAGCCUUUGAAAGGAAUAGUUAAACCAGGACCUGUAUACCAAUUUAGCAAAGUGGGGUGGCCAGAACGCUUUCCUGGCUGGCGACACCCAAUUUUGGACCGGAACGAUGAGCUGAAACAAUUUAAGGCAGUAUUGCAGAAUGCCCUUGAACAGCAACAGCGUAGUUUUACGAGAUACCGCGACCACAAAUACGCCGUUGCUUAUACAGGACGCAAGGCUGUUGGCACGACGCGAUUACUCGAAGAAAGUUUAUCAUUGGUACCUGAUUCAGUUCGUAAACGAAAAAUGAUACUAAAGGAGUCUGGAAUAAUGUCAUAUUCUUUUAUUCGAUCUAUAAUUUCGAAAAAGUUUAAGAGAACCAUUACUGCGGACGUGAAUCAAACACGCAAUUUGAGGGAGAAAAACGAGGCUAUGAUCAGACAUUGUAUUAAUACAAUGGAAACAACACCACUGCAGUUAUACGCCUUGAACAUUAUAUUUGACUGUCGCUUUCCGCUGCCAGAGAACUUUCGCCCCUCUGGUGAUAUACUGACCGAUUUAUCAGUGAAAAGUACCAUUCGAGAAAUCUGCAUUAAGAAUUUUGUCAAUUUAUGGGUGCUUGGGAUUGACAAUGCCCAAUUCAUAGACGACGAUUCUUGGCGCAUAUUAAUAAUACUUCUCGACACCAAGAUGAUCUUCAUAAUAAUGGCUAUCAGCAAUGUGGAAAGCAUAUCAACGAUUGCCCAAACCUGCUUAACAAACCACAUGGUCGUGAAUAUACCGUUGAGAGGAAUUAGCCGCAGCUACCUUGCAGCCUUGGCCUGCCAACUUCUUGAUGUUCAAGCCAUACCCGCUGAUCUAGAAAAAGUUAUGGAAAGUGCUAGUGGAGGUCUGCCAGGAUGGAUCCAGAAUUUUGUCAUAUCUUUAGUACAACGGGAAGAAUUGAGUAUUGUGAUGUUAACUCGGUUCGAAGCACAGAAGCUAGGCGCCGUAAUGCCUUCCCCUGUUAUGCUUCAGGUCAAAUCUACGAGCCAGCACACCGAUGACUAUUCAAUGAAAGGAAAUAGUGAAUUGAGUAUGUGCAGCCAUAGCGUAAGUAUAUUAAGCUCGAGUAAACAGGAUGAACUUGAGAGGCAUGACCAGGAAAUGAUACAAAUGGCUGUCUUACCGGAAUCUUAUACCUUUGAUAAUAUGAAUGUUGAUAUAACUAUGGAUGCUUUAAUAUUGAAAAUUUAUGACUCUUUGAAUCCUUUCGAGAAGAUGUUAUUAAAAUGCGGAUCAGUACUCGGAGACGUUUUCACCAGAAGGAUGUUGCUGCAUUUGCUUCAAAGUAAUUCUCCAAAGAAGUUUGCGGAAGCGGUGGCUAAGCUCUUCUCAAUAAGGGUGCUAGAAUGUGAAGGUGGAGACUUUACGCGAGAUACAUCUUUGGUAUUGGUGCAUCCUGCGCCUUCGGAGGCCGAUCCAAAGCCUCCAUAUUGCGCGUGCUUAGGAACUAGAAGACCAGCGAGCUGCCGGCAUCUACCGAUGUAUGCUUUUUGUGGCUACAUGAAGUUUCGUCAUACACUGUUCAGAACUACUACCUACGAACUAUUGACUGAAAAUCAGAAACACGACCUCCACUCGCGUGCCCUGUUGUAUUUGGAGCGCUACACGAGACGCUGCCUUAGCUGCGGCGCUGGCUGCUUCGGGAAACUGCUGGGACUACGAUGUGAUAGCGGUCUCGUCGAUGAGAGGGAAGCUCUGAAACGAACACGCCGUCAAAUAUGUGCACUGAGUGCUGAAGCAAAAAUGAUUGGAGAAGAGGACACUAAUUCUGAGUAUUCGUUGCCUGGAGAUAUGAGCUACCAGUUGUUAGAAACGGAGGGUACUUUGAUGAGCCGUAUAAUAGGCAAACGAGAUAGUGGCUUUUAUCCAAAGACGGUGAAAGGUGUGCAAGAACAAAAACGAGUUCGUUCCUUCUCUUCCCUAGACCUGGAGAACUGCGAGUGCCUCUCUAUUUUACAGCAUGUGUACUCUCAAGUUAUUGACCAUUGCAAAGGAGCAGGGGAAAAUCAGAAACUAUUUGAGGCGUACAUGGAGUACGCCGACUUGUGUAUUAAUAUAAAUGUGAACAUACCCCAAUGUGUCCGUCUGCUAUCUGAACUUGAGGGUUACAUAAAGUCAAAGACUUUUUGCCUCGAUUAUAAAUCUCCCAAUAACUGGGUACAUGAUUUUAACUUGGCGUCGGUGCUCUCACUACGAGGUGUCUGCAUGCUGGAGGCUGGUGAUUUGAUCGAGGCUAGAAAGGAGUUGCUCAAAGCUAUGGAGCUGUAUAGAGUUCCCUUUCCUACUUCUGGAUACUGGAGAAAAAUACACAACUUUGGGCAAUCUUUAAAACAAUUGUUGGCGCUGUAUGUCGCGCCAAACUUUUACAUAGCCAGAUAUGGCGGUACCGUUGGACACUUUUACGAUGAUAUUGCCACGACACUGAGUAGAUUGUACGUGUUGUUUACGGAAUGUAAAGAAGAAGCAAAUGCAACAUUGGCUGCGAAAUGGUCUCUUAAUUUCGCUUUGCGCAGUAACUCCAAUUUGCGAGUAUUGUGCACUAGUUACGCAAAUAUGAUUUCAGUAUAUACGCAAAAACAAAAGUACUCGAUGUGCAUCACGUUGGAGAAAAGAUCACUGGAAAACUGUCGCCGCAAACGAGGACAACUUGACGUCACCGAAGUGGAUUCCGUGUGCUUACUGUACACCAACAUUUUUCUAUUUUACGUGGAGUGGUCUAAAAAGUUAGAAAGUCUGGAAUUUGGUCUUGUGGUGAUGCAUAUGAUGCCCGGUGUGCACAGCUCUCAAAUGCGUCAGGUGCUCAUUCUAUCGAUGCUGAAGUUGCUGUUAUGUGAUCUGAGAAUAGUCGACAUGGUCACCAUUAUGACAGAGUUUCUUUAUCUAAGUGAUACGACGGAUUUGUGUUCGGAAACUUGGUACUUUUACUACUGUCUUGUGAUUCUUCUCGACACAGGCUAUUGUGUCGAAUCUCUAUGCGCUUGCGAGAGGUUCUACAUGAAGAAGGUUGACUCUUUACUGAGAAGUAAGACCGUGGAAGCCUCUUGGAAUUUCUAUGUCGCUAUGUGGCUUAUGAUAAUCAGAAUAGGCGCUUGGGAGCGGUCCAUAUUGUGGGAAGAGAAAAUUCAACAAUUGCUUUGCAAGAAGUUUGAGAAAAACGAAUUUAACGCAAUGAUGUUGGCAAGACUGAUCGAAGGACUUCUUAUAACGCUAGUAAAACAAAUGGAUAAUAGAAACAUAAAGAAGAUACUAGUAUUACAGAAAGCUCUCAAAGUUUUGUUUCAAGAAUUGAACAAAUCAUGCGAACAUGCCUCUUUGUAUCGACCCAAAUAUUACCUGUUGGUCGCCUAUCAUCACUACAUAACAGGAAACAAACAUAAGGCGUUUAACUUUUUGAACAAGGCUCGCGACUAUGCUAAACAAUAUUCACUAAACAUCGAAUUGAUUUGGAUUGAACAUACACGCAAUUACUGGAAGGGAAGUUUAAAUCCGAAUCUUCGUGAUUAUUGGUGCGAACACGUCGAACCAGGUAACCUGCUAGAUUACAGAGAUUUCGAUGUUCAUAAACCAAACGCAAUAGUACCUUUUACUCUGCCUGUACCAAAAGAUCUGGAAAAAAUAAUGCCGAUGGCAACAUCGCAUACAUAA